AUGGAGUGUGCAGAUGAAUGUGCAGAAGAAUGUCAUGAAACUGAUCAUACAGAUGAGAAGCCGAAAGAUGUUGAUGACAUGGAUUUCGAUUACAAUGAAUACGGGAAAUUUAAAGAUGAAGAUGACGAUGGAGAUGGAGAUGACCUGGGAUUAGAUGCUGAAGAAGGGCAACCCUUUUUGGGUGGAUGCACUUGGAGGGUCGUAGCCACUGUGAAGAAUGAUCCAAACACUUUUUGGGUCACCAAAUAUCUGAACGUGCAUACAUGUUCUAUUGUGGACCGCGUAGCUAACCGUAAGCGUUGCACCUCAAAAUAUAUUGGGAGGCUUUUCAUCGACCAGGUAGGAAUAGUAGAUGGUGUUGUCCCACAAAAUAUCGAAGAUUCAAUGAGGACAAUGUUCGGCAUGACUUUGGAUUACACCACUUCGUACAAGGCUUUACAGUAUGCACAAGAAUAUGUGAGAGGAAGCACAGAUGACGGAUAUGCGAAGUUGCCUUAUUGUCUUUGGAAAAUAGAGCAGUCAAACCCGGGAAGUGUCGUUGACCUUGUUGUUGAUGACGAGCAUAGAUUUAAGUACCUUUUCAUAUCUUUCAAUGCUUCAAUAUGUGGUUUCAAUUACGUUAGGCGAGUUAUUGUGGUUGAUGGGAUCUAUCUCACUGGCAAGUAUGAAGGUGUACUGUUAAUAGCUUGCGCACAAGAUGGUAACUUUCAGAUAUUUCCGUUGGCUUUUGGAAUUGUCGACUCGGAGUGUGAUGCUUCAUGGGAUUGGUUUUUCACCAAAUUAAGUGAGUGUAUCUCGGAUGAAUAUCCUUUGGUAGUAGUUUCGGAUAGGCAUAGUUCAAUAGCUAAAGCAUGUCGCAAUGAUAUCCCAUGGGCAACACGAGGGAUAUGUUAUUACCAUCUUCAACAAAACAUAAUUUCUAAUUUCAAUGGGAAUCAACUGAUGUACUUGGUGAAAGGGGCAGCAUAUGCACAUACGCAUGAUGAUUACAACCGCUCUUGGUUUAUCGUUAGAUUGUCUGGAGCUAAACACCUUGUCUAG